ACUACAUUCCAAAGAAUGACCUCAGAUCAUGUCCCAAUAGCUCUAUUUUGUGGACCUUGGGAACAUAGUAAAUCAUAUUUCAAGUUUGAGAACUGGUGGCUGAACACAGAAGGUUUUAGUGAGAAAAUCAGUAACUGGUGGAACUCUUUCUCCUUCUAUGGGAGGCCAGACUACAUCCUAGCAUGUAAAAUGAAAGCACUGAAAGAAAAGCUCAAAGAGUGGAGUAAAAUUGAAAAAGGAAAUCUACAGAUUCAAAGGUCCAAACUGCUUAACAAAAUGGCAGAUUUGGAUUCUUUGCUGAACAAAAGAGCAUUGACAGAGGAAGAGGCUACUUUGAAGGCAGAAAUCUUUAUGGAGUACGAAGAACUGAUCUAAAAUGAGGAAUGUGCUUGGAGACAAAGGUCUAGAAACUUGUGGGUGAAGGAAGGAGACAACAAUACAAAAUUCUUCCAUAAUUCUGCAAAUGCCCACAAAAGAAGCAACCAUUUUGACCAGUUGGAAGUAGAGGGAAAGAUCAUCACAGAACCAGACAGAGUAAGGGAGGAAAUCAUCCUGUUUUAUGAGAAACUGUAUUCUGAAACAGAGAUGGAGACCUGAUGGAAAUUUAGUGAAUUGUCCUUCAAUAUCAGAGGAAGAAAGAUCACAACUACAGGCCAAAUUUGAGGAGCAGGAAGUUUAUAAAUGUUUGAAGUUAUGUGCCAUUGAUAAAGCCCCAGGACCUGAUAGUUAUACUAUGCG